AUGACUACAAUACCACAAGAUAACAAUUCCGUACUUGUACGGAACGAAAAAGACAUGAAUCGUUUAAAUGAAGAAUAUAAGACCAUAACCAACUGUGAAUAUUGGUUAAAUAAAGCACGUCAAGCAUGUGAAAAUCAGGCUGAUUUGAAUGUUUUAACUGCCGAUCUUAUAAAACCUGAUGGUCUUUUAGAAACAAUUGCAUCAAGACUUAUCAAACCUAUUGAGUCUACUUCGGAAGCGCCUAUUACUGAUUUUACUCAGAAUAUCCAUGAGCAAUGUUCUCAUUAUGAUGAUCCAGAAACAAGUGAACUAUUUACAGAAUCUACAGAUAAUGUAGAUGGAAAACCUGUGAAAUUACUUUCCAGUACAACAUCGGACUUAAAUCUUCCAAGGGUCAGUCAGUAUAAUGAAGCUAACAGACGGGUUGUUAUUGGUUCAGCACGACUACUCAGUCAGAUUUUAUCAGAAAAUCAUUUGCUCGAAAUACUAGAUAAGAAAUUAGUUUCACAAAAGCACUCUAAUGUUUUGCAUAAAGAUGAGUUUGACAAAGUAGAUAAGUUGAUUAUUCAUAAACAAGAAUGUUCUCCGUGUAACACUUCACCCACCUAUGAUAAUGAUUAUGAAAAAUCAAUUGAUACGAGUGGUACCACAAAAUUAUUAUCUCCCACAGCUUUAUCAUCAACGCAAAAUCCUCUACUGUACAAUGAUAAGUUACCAUCACAUGGGCAUAUAACUAAUUUACUCAAGAAUAUUAUCGGAAAAUGUUGGGAAUACCGUGAAGAUGUAGAUAUCUAUCGCGAAUAUUUGGGAAUCUUAGAACCUUUAUUAAAGCAUACAGAGACAAUGUGUGAUACAGUAGUUGAAAAUGGUGGUCUUCGUAGUUUAAUUUAUGCUUGUCGUUCAAGUGAUCUGCCAUCUUUACGUCAUGCAGCUGUUUGUCUAAUGAGUUUAGCAUUAUUCGGUGGGAGUGGAAGUCAUAGUGAAAUGAUGCGUCAACAUGCGAUUGAAUGGUUAUUUUGUUUAGCAUUUCAUCAAGAUGAAGUAAUAAAAUAUUUUGCAUGUUUAACUAGUGCUGUACUAUCUACUAAUCCUGAAUUGACCGCUGCAGUAAAUGCUUCUUGUACACUCAACCUAGUGAUGCCUUUCGUACGUUCACAUUCACCAAUAGAAUUUGCUCGUCAACAUUUAGUUGCUGCUUUUCAACACACUUGUAAGAAGAACGCAUCCGAUACUUCAGAGUCACAGACAUCUUUUUCUAACAAUCAAUCAGACACUGCAAAUUAUUGCUGUGAAAAUCAGUAUACAGGGGGGUCGGCCGAUUGGUUAAAACGUUUAGUACCAGUUAUGUUCAGUAAACAAUUUGAACCACGUGUUUUGGUUGCUUUUCAUUUUGCUGUUGAAGCGACACUAAAAUCUGAUAUGAAGUGCAGCCACGCGUUUUACGAAUCAGAUAUCGUAGAAAUCUUGCGUAAUGUUGUCUGUAGUUCAACUUUUCUUGAGUCGAAAUUCGCAGCAAUGGCCUUACAUAUUUUAGGUGAAGACGUCCCUUGUCGAUUGUCAGCCCAAGUACCGUUAUGGGAUUAUGGUGAAGUUGAACGCUGGUUGACUCGAAGAGGAUUUGAAGAUUUGGCUAGUAAAUUUUCAAAGCUACGUGUUGAUGGUGAUUUAUUACUUAGAUUAGAUGAAUUCAAAUUAGAGAAGGAUUUAGGACUUGAAAAUGGAAUCACGCGAUCUAGGUUAUUACGUGAAUUAUGCUCUUUGAAGAUUAAUGCAGAUUAUUCAGCUGUUGAUCCAACUGGAAUUUCUGCUUGGCUACGUGAAGCUACACGUACCACUGCUUUAAAUAAUACGAAUACACCAAGAAAUCCAACGACAUCAGAUUAUGUUGUAAUUAAAAAUGAUUUUCAAUGGACAACGGCUUCUACUAAUGCAUCAGAAUAUAAGUCGAAAUAUUGUUAUACACAUGAUUUAUCCUGUUUAAAUCAAUCAUUCGAUCUUCUUCAAUAUGCAUAUAAUUUUAUUUCAGCCGGAGUACAUUAUCCUUUCUUACCUUAUUUAUCAGAUAAAAUGCUUUUAGAAGAUUGUCACAUUAAAAAUGGAAUACAUCGUAAACGAAUUUUAGAAGCAAUACAAUCUUCCAUAUCAAUACAUAAUCAGUUACGUCUUACAGAUAAUGAUUCCAAAUUAAACGCUUCAAGUCAUCCAAACAAGUAUAUUGAUAUAUUUAUUUCUUACCGUCGUUCUACUGGUUCUCAACUGGCGAGUUUAUUAAAAGUUCAUUUUCAUUUACGUGGCUAUCGAGUAUUUUUAGAUAUUGAUCGUUUAACUGCUGGAAAAUUUCAUGAAUCAUUACUUCAUUCUAUUAGAUCAUCAUAUAAUUUUGUUCUUGUUUUAACACCAAGAGCAUUAGAUAGAUGUUUAAAUGAUAUACAUUGUACAGAUUGGAUACAUAAAGAAGUUGUAUGUGCCUUGGAAAGUGGAUGUAAUAUAAUACCAAUUACUGAUAAUUUUGCAUGGCCACCAGCUGAGUCUUUGCCAGAGGAUUUGAGGUCAAUAACAACCUACAAUGCAGUUAAUUGGAUUCAUGAUUAUCAAGAGGCAUGUAUUGAUAAAGUAGAAAAAUUCAUGAUUAAAUCAAUAACUUCAACUCCUUUACCAUGUAAUCAAAUUAAACCAUUUGAAAAAUAA